AUGGCUUCUCUUGCACUUCUCUUCUUUGGCGUGGUCGUCCAACUGGCUGCUGGUCAGACGCCCGGCAACACAACCGAGGUGCAUCCCAGGCUUGACACGUUCCGAUGCACAGUCCUCGGCGGCUGCAAGAAGCAUACAAACUACAUCGUCGUCGAGUCGAGCCAGCACCCCAUUCGCCAAGCCUCCAACGGCUUCCACUGCGGCAACUGGGGCGAGCGGCCAAACAGCACGGCAUGUCCCGAUGCUGCGUCUUGCGCCAAAAACUGCAUCAUCGAGAGCGUCCCCGACUACCAAGUCCAGGGAAUCAGCACAUCCGGCAGCGAGCUCCGCCUCCGGCAGAUGCACAAAAACGUCACAGUCUCUCCUCGGGUUUACCUGCUGGACGAGAACGAGCAAGAAUACGACAUGAUGUAUCUUACAGGUUCCGAGCUGGCGUUUGACGUCGAAAUGUCAAAGCUGCCUUGCGGCAUGAACAGCGCUCUCUACCUUUCCGAGAUGCUAGUGGAUGGUGGCAAGAGCCUGAGUCCUCAUAACAAGGCCGGGGCGUACUACGGUACUGGAUAUUGCGACGCCCAGUGUUUCGGCAACAUUGCUGGUCGAGGUUCAUGCUGCAACGAGCUUGACAUCUGGGAGGCAAACUCUCGAGCUACCCACAUUGCACCUCACCCUUGCAGCGAACCCGGCCUCUACGAAUGCACCGGUGCGGAGUGCGGCUCCGAGGGUGUAUGCGAUAAGUCGGGCUGCGGAUGGAACCCCAACCGCCACCGCAACACCGACUACUAUGGACGCGGCGGCUCUUUCAAGGUCGACAGCACACGAAAGUUCACCGUGGUGACCCAGUUCCUAGCCGAUAAGAAUGGUGCCCUCAAAGAGUUGCACCGACACUACGUGCAGGACAACAAGAUCAUCGAGAGCGCAACCGUGACUCUCCCCGGCGUCCCCAAAGUCAACUUUAUGAACGACGAAUACUGCUCAGCCACGGGCGCCGGCGCAUUCACAAGACUCGGCGGCAUGAAGGGCAUGGGCGAGUCCAUGACCCGCGGCAUGGUCCUCGUCAUGAGUCUCUGGUGGGACGAAGGCGGCUUCAUGAACUGGCUUGACCAAGGCGAGGCCGGACCUUGCAACGCCACCGAGGGCAGUCCCGCCUCGAUUCUCAAGAUUGAGCCAAACCCAGAGGUGACUUUCAGCAACAUUAGGAUCGGCGAGAUCAACUCGACCUUCUCCUUGGGCUCUCAUUGUAGGCGGGAUAGCGUUCUGAGGGCGGUAGAGAAGCCUCAUGUACGGCAUCAUCUUCACCAGCACCAGCGUCGACACAGCCUCUAG